CAUGUGCCAUGAAACUAGAUUUAUAUAUAAAACUUCCUGUCUCACUUCCCUAAUUCUGCACGUGGCUUAUGCUAGGGUUAUGGUGUAAACGUAACGUGCUCUGAUAUUAAAAAUGCUCGUCUUGUUUGAAUCAGCAGCAGGCUAUGCUUUAUUUAAGCUGCUGGAUGAGUCUAAACUUGCAAAUAUUGAUAACAUUUAUCAAGAUUUUGAGACCCCCGGCAAAGCCUCUAAGAUUUUAAAACUCAAGCAUUUUGAGAAGUUUCAGAACAUAAAUGAGGCUGUAGCAGCAAAUCUAACAGUGGAGAAUGAAAAAGUCAGCAAAAAUUUGAAACACAUUCUUAAGAAACAUAUUCUGAAAGAUGCUGAGUCUGAACUUGCAGUUGCUGAUGCAAAGCUUGGAAAGCUUCUGAAGAAAAAAUUUGACUUGAAUUGUGUGACAAAUUCAGCCAUUCAAGAACUCAUGAGAAACAUUCGAUCCCAACUUGAUAGCUUCAUUUCUCCAAUAAUGGAGUCAAGUCACUUGGCACAGAUGUCUCUUGGUUUAGCACACAGUUUAGGAAGAUAUCGUCUUAAGUUUAGCCCAGACAAAGUUGAUACUAUGAUUGUUCAAGCAGUUUCUCUACUUGAUGAUGUGGAUAAAGAAUUAAACAAUUACAUUAUGAGACUCAGAGAGUGGUAUGGAUGGCAUUUCCCUGAGUUAACUAAAAUAAUUACAGACAAUUUGGUUUAUGCUCGAGUUGUCAAAGAAAUGGGUGACCGCACACAUGCAUCCAAAAUGGACUUUUCUGAGAUACUUCCUGAAAAUCUAGAAACAGAGUUAAAAUGGGCGGCAGAAAUAUCCAUGGGUACAGAAAUCUCAGAAGAAGAUAUAUUUAACAUAAAAAGUCUGUGCGAACAGGUGAUUGAAAUGUCUAAAACAAGAGAUGAACUCUACAGCUACUUGAAAGAAAGGAUGUCUAUGGUGGCCCCUAACUUGACUAUUCUGGUUGGAGAGCUUGUUGGGGCUAGAUUAAUAGCUCAUGCUGGGUCUUUAUUAAAUUUGGCCAAACAUCCAGCGUCCACUGUUCAAAUUCUCGGAGCAGAAAAAGCUCUAUUUCGAGCUUUAAAGACAAAGCAUGACACUCCUAAGUACGGUCUUAUUUACCAUGCUUCCAUUGUGGGAAGUGCACAGCCUAAAAAUAAAGGAAAGUUGUCAAGAAUGUUAUCUGCCAAAGCCUCACUUGCUAUUCGUGUUGAUGCUCUGAGUGAAACUAGUGACAGUACCCUUGGUCUAGAACAGCGUGCCAAAAUAGAAAGCAGAGUCAGGAGCUUAGAUGAAAAAGCUGCUCGUAGGAUAAGUGGUACAGGGAAAUUUCAAAUUAAGCAAGAAAAAUAUACUAAUGUUAGUGAUGUGAAGGUUUUUAAUCCCGCUGUAGAUUCCACAAUUCCAAGUGCUGCCAAGAGAAAAGCAGAGGAUUUAGACACCAAAUCUCCUGUCAGCAAAAAAAUCAAAUUAGAAGCUGUUGAAACUGAGGAAAUAAAGCAAGAAGAAGAAGAAGAGUCACCCAAGAAAAAGAAGAAGAAGAAGAGGCAUUCUGAAGCAGCAGAAAGUGAGGCACCAGAAUCACAGGAUGCUGAUGAACCAACAGAACAAAAACAGAAGAAAAAAAAGAAAAAGAAGGUAAAAGAAUCAGCUGAGGAUGACUAACUUUUGAGUCUAACCAUUCACACUGUGUUCAUUAAAGCUAAUUUAAAACAAUAGCUUUUAACUUUUGUUUUAAAAUAAACUAGCAGUCCUCUUCACUUCAGUUGUAUUUGUUACUGCCAAGACAAAUAUAUGGAAAAAUAUUUUCCUGAUUAUGUAAUUAUUUUCUUGUUUAUGUAAAUAACAAAAUUGUUUUUCAUUAGAUCAUGUUAUCCUUUUUUUUUUUUGUAAGCAGAAUUCAUUCUUUAUGAUGUGGAUAUUGAUCUAAUAAAAAUAUGUACAAUAUUUC